CCUCUCACCUGAAAAAAUACUGCACCGAUUAAGCAUUGAACUUCUGUAACAUUGUCGGAGUCAUGAUGGACUGUUAAAAAAAAGUCUCGCAUUGAAAGAAAAAAAACAUCCAACAAACCAAUCAGUGCUCAGUUUGCACUGAAUAGAUAAGAGUACAUGACAGAGUUGUGAAGAGUGAGAGUGAACACAAUCAUAAGGUCACUGAGACAUGAAGGCAUUCCAGGUGUUGUUUGUGCUGUAUCUGGCUGCUGCGGCAGCUGACGGUCAGUCUUUCCAUCUUGGUGUUUGCCCCAGGCCAUCUGUUCAAGAGGACUUUAACGUCACAAAGUAUAUGGGUACAUGGUAUGAAAUAGAGAGGCUCCCAGCUGCGUUUGAAAAAGGAAAAUGUAACCAAGCUACAUACAGUCUUCUCACUGAUGGGACGGUCAAUGUCCGCAAUGCAGAGCUGCUGUCUAAUGGGAAGAUAAGUUCCAUUGAGGGAACUGCCAAAGUGAAAGACUCAUCUCAACCUGCAAUUCUGAGUGUCAGCUUCUUUAAAGGUGUUCCAGAUGCUCCCUACUGGGUACUCUCCACAGACUACCAGUCAUACGCUCUGGUCUACUCUUGUUCUGACUAUUUUGGCCUUCUUCACGUUGACUUUGCGUGGAUCCUGGCUCGCACUCGCGUGCUGACUGAUGCCGUAAUUAUCCAGUUACAUGAUAAGCUGGCUGCUGCUGGUGUAAACAUUAACCGCCUUACAGUCACCAACCAGAGCGGCUGUGACAUCAUGACCUGAGAU